UGUGUUCUUAACUUCUUAUUUGGGCUUGUUGGGUGCAUGGUAAUCUAUGAUCUUGAAGUUUUGUUUUUCUGGUAGGACCUCUAAGAUCAUCAUUGAGGCUUAACUUUCUUCAGUAUUAUCAAUCAUGAAGUACCUGGAAUAUACGCCUCUUGAUCGGAUAAAUGAUUUUCUGAGUCAUGUGAAUCUUGGAGAGCGAACCAUUAAAGGAUGUCUCGAAGCGUACUCUUGUAAACAUACUGGAACUGAUAAGAAACUUUCGCUUAGUUUGGAGAACGAGAUUUUUGAUUAUCUUGGAAAAUCAUCGGACACCGAUUCUUCCUCACCUGUUGAAUAUCUAAGCUGUAGAUCCAGCCGGAAAACGUUGAUAUAUCUACUCCUUACUCUCUAUCACAUGUAUCCAGAUUAUGACUUCAGUGCAGUGAAAGCUCACCAGUUUUUCACUGAAGAGAGCUGGGACAGUUUUAAGCAGAUAUUUGACAUCUACAUGUUUGAGGCUUCAAAGGAAUGGCUUGAUACAAAUGAAGGCAGUGCUCUGCUUGAAACCUUGUACAAGGCUUUAGACGAGGUUGUUAAAGUUGCUGAAUGUGAAAUCUACACGUACAAUCCGGAGGCAGAUGCAGAUCCGUUUCUUGAGAGAGGAGCCAUAUGGUCCUACCACUUUUUCUUCUACAACAGAAGGUUGAAACGUGUCGUGAGUUUUCGCUUCAGCUGUGUGAGUAACUUGGUUGGUGAAGGACAUCUAUUAGACGACUCAAGUUAUGAUGAGGACGGAGAGAUAUUCGAUGGCAUGGACAUGUGAAUACAGCAUUUUGUUCAUGACACGUUGUUAGUAUAGUAAAUCGUUAAAACCUUGUAUCAAAUCAGUGGUUUGUACAAUUUGACAGUAGGUACUGAAACUCUAUCGUAAAUAAGCAUCUUCUUUGGAGGUUGAGGUAGCGACUCUCGCGCUGCUUCUUGAUAGGUCAAAUAUUUUCUGUUUCUAUGUCAUGAAGAUUUUGUAGAGUUAUGGUUGGCAUUUCUCUUGCCACAUUUGGUCUACUCUAAUAAGUUCUUUUGUUGAUAUGAAUUCAGUAUUUCUUGUUCUA